AUGAAGCUCGUUCGAUUUCUGAUGAAAUGCGCCAACGAAACGGUGACCAUUGAACUGAAGAAUGGAACCAUCCUGCACGGCACCAUCACAGCAGUCUCGCCGCAGAUGAACACGUCGCUGCGCACGGUGAAAAUGACGCCCAAGGGCCGCGACCCGGUCUCGCUGGACACGAUCAACAUCCGCGGCUCGACGAUCAGAUACUAUAUCCUCCCUGAUAGCCUGCCACUCGACUCGAUGCUGGUAGACGACCAGCCGAAACCGAAGAACAAGGCGCGCAAGGAGGCCGAUCGCGGCGGGCGUGGUGGUCGGGGUGGGCCUCGUGGGCGUGGUGGUCGGGGGCGUGGUCGUGGACGGGGAAGGGGUUUUUGA